GGUUGAUUUCACGCACUGACAAUUUGAAAAUCGGUAGUUUCGCGUUCAGAAAUUAAGGGGCAGCUGAGAGAAAGGGGAUACAGAAGUCGGGAUAUAAUUUCUUAAGAGACAGAGAGCAAGGUGCUAUUCACGAAUCAAUUAUCUGGGAGUUGCUGCAAUGUUACCGGGAGAGGAUGGUGCCCAGCUGCAGUGCUGUGUGACCGUGGAGCGGCUAGAUACAUCCGGCCAGGCCCCCCGGAGGCAGCACAUCCGUAAAGCCUCUGUUAUUCUGGGUCGGAACGAGUUCCAAGAGAUUAUGCUCCGCUUCCACGACGGAAAAGUCUCGCAAAGUUACCGCCUCAAAGAGUUUAAACUGUUCACCAAGUUCGCCAGGGAUGGGAAGUGCACCAUCAAACUGCUCCCUGAAAACAUCCAGGUGCUCAUCUCCAACUGCCCCCCUGACCAGCUGAGCCUCUUCCUCAAAACCCUGAGCAUCAAACACCAGGCCUGGCAGAGCAGCAAGCCUCUGAGUGACAGAGAGAAGCUCAGAGCUGGUCUGCCCCGCAGCUUCGAGGCCAUCAGCCCACUGCAGCAGAAGGACAUCCAGAAGGUCAACAAGCUGAGAAGUAAAGAAGCACCCACAGGACUGUCAGAUCGCACCAAUAAGACCACUGUGGCAGGAGGAGGACAACAGGUGAAAAGGUCGAGGAGUGACAGUAACUUCAGCCCAGUGAAGCAGAACCCCAGUAAGAAGCCCGUUCUCUCUCUGCCCUCAUGUACGCUGAAUAAAGAACAGGCUGCUGUCCUCAGUGCAGUGCUGAGUGGCAAGAAUGUCUUCUUCACUGGAAGUGCAGGUACAGGAAAGUCCUUCUUACUCAAGCGAAUCAUGGGAUCUCUUCCUCCGAAGAGCACCUUUGCAACAGCCAGCACAGGAGUGGCUGCGUGUCACAUUGGAGGAACAACAUUACACAGCUUUGCAGGUAUCGGCUCCGGCUCUGCCCCGCUGGAGCAGUGUAUCGAGUUGGCCCAGAGGCCCAGGGUGCUGCAGCACUGGACGAGCUGUCGACACCUCAUCAUUGAUGAGAUCUCCAUGGUGGAGGCCCAGUUCUUUGAUAAACUCGAGUCGGUGGCCAGGUCAGUCAGGAGGUCAUCCGAGCCGUUUGGCGGUAUCCAGCUGAUUGUGUGUGGCGACUUCCUCCAGCUGCCUCCUGUUUCUAAGGGAAAAGAAAAGGCCAGCUUCUGCUUCCAGGCCAGGAGUUGGCGUAAGGUCAUCCAACUCAACAUGGAGCUAACGGAAGUGAGAAGGCAAACGGACAAGUUGUUCAUUUCUCUCCUGCAGGCAGUGAGAGUGGGCAGGGUGACGGAGGAAGUCACCACUAAACUGAUAGCGAGUGCCUACCAUCGCAUCGAGAGGGACGGGAUCCUAGCGACCAGGCUGUGCACGCAUAAAGAUGACGUGGAGCUCACAAACGAGAAGAAACUCCAACAGCUGCCAGGCUCAGCGCGUGUGUUUGAGGCACUAGACAGUGACCCAGCCCUGGUGAAGACUAUAGAUGCCCACAGCCCAGUCAGCAGACUGAUCCAGCUCAAAGUGGGAGCUCAGGUCAUGCUGACAAAGAACCUGGACAUCACUCAAGGUCUGGUGAAUGGAGCACGAGGAGUUGUGGUGGCUUUUGAGUCUGGAAAUACUGGACUCCCACGUGUACGUUUCCUGUGUGGCGUUACAGAGGUGCUGAAGCCAGAGCGCUGGGUGUUUAAGGCUGGUGGUGGAAUCCACUUGAGUCGACAGCAGCUGCCACUCAAACUGGCCUGGGCCAUCUCCAUCCACAAGAGCCAGGGCAUGACACUUGACUGUGUGGAAAUCUCUCUGGCACGUGUGUUUGAGAGCGGCCAGGCUUACGUGGCCUUGUCUCGAGCUCGGAGCCUGGAGGGUCUGAGGGUCAUGGACUUUGACCCCCGUGUGGUGAGAGUGGAUCCAGAUGUUCUCCUCUUCUACAAGAAACUGAGGAAGGAGCGGCUGCUCAUGCAGGCCACCAUGGACGAUUUUUUGGGCAACAGCAGCAAAGAAAACUUUUGUUGAGCAGGAGAAUCACUUUAUCCGUAUGUUAUGCACUGUGUGCAUGAGUCGGCAUCUGUUACACCUCUAUUGACAAUAUCAUUUUCCCUAAAUGACAACGUUCAGCAUCUGCCUCAUGGUUCCUCUUUGAACUGCUACUACUUGAAGUCACACUGCCACCAUGUGGUUAUUUCUGGUACUUUUGCUUUUUGAGUAUUUUUAUUAGACUGAAUUUUAUUUAAUUAUGAUUGUUAGCAUGUAUUCAAAUAAAGU